AUGGAUUCCAAGCCAGACACAGCUGCUCGUGCCAUAGUGUCUCGUGGGCCACUUUCAGAAGGACAAUGGGCUAUUGAACCAGUGACUCUGAAGCCAUUGAAAGAAAAUGAACUGAAGAUUCAGGUGUUAUCUGUUGGUGUUUGUCAUACAGACUUGACUGUCGGGAACACACCUAGGGAAUACGGAGCAUACCCGGGAGUAUUAGGCCAUGAAGGUUGUGGGAUUGUUCUCGACGUCGGACCAAAAGUGAAAGUCGCCAAGGUUGGUGACCGAGUUCUACUCUCGUUCCGUUUCUGCAAGGAUUGCUUCUUUUGCAAGAACGGUCAUCCAUCUUACUGUUCCAUGUUUACUCCAUUAAACAUGGGCUUUGGUGACUAUCCCAGAGAGUUUGCUACUGGUACAGAUGGGGCUUCAGUGAAGGGCUUCUUUUUCGGCCAGUCAAGCUUUUCUGAAGUCACGAUCGUAUCUGAAACGUCUGUCAUAAACAUGUCCGGGUAUGUUGAUACAGAUGAGGAGCUGAAGCUGCUGGCGCCCCUAGGGUGCGGUAUGCAAACAGGCGCCGGGGCUGUCAUGCAGCUUCAGAGUCUGGAUGAGGAUGACUCCAUUGCAAUCUUUGGCCUCGGCGCUGUAGGUUUCUCAGCUGUUGCGGCUGCAAAACACAGAGGUGUCAAAACCAUCAUCGUUAUUGAUCUAGUUCAGAGUCGACUUGAUUUGGCAAAAUCCUUUGGAGCAACACAUGCUUUAAAUCCUUCUUUGCUCAAGGACAAGUUGACGUCCACCGUGAAAGGAAUCACAGGGGGCUUAGGGACUUCUGUAACGAUCGACGCAACUGGAAAUGUGAACGUCAUCAAGCAGGCAAUAAAUAUCACGAGGAACCAAGGCGAGAUAUGCAUGCUGGGUGUUCCACCGCCAGGAACCAUCCUUGAUAUCGAUAUCACAUCUUUUCUUGGCUCAGGAAAGAAGUUGUUUGGAUCCGUGGAGGGAGGUGUCGUUCCAUCUGAGGUAUAA